AUGGAAAGUGAUGAACAACAACAUGGACCUGCUUUUCUCAAACACGGUCAAACCUCUCAGUCUUUGUCUCUUUCCGAUAUCUUCACUCUUAAUGAUGGAUCUGUAAUACCUUUACUCAAGACUGCAAAUCCUCCAGUGAGAGCUAAUGUGUUGUACAUAAGCCCCGAAUUCUCUCUCCCUAUCGCGGAAGCUAUCAAAAAUACUUUUAAUCCAUACUUUGAUAAAGCAAUCUGGUUUCAAAACUCUACUCUUUACCAUUUUAGCAUGUUUCAUGCCUCCCACCAUAUUCAACCUGUUCCUGCCACAAAAGAAGAUAUAGAAGCCGAGGCAUCUUCUGUUCAGGCUGUUGUAAGGACUCUCCGCCCUUUGAAAAUUGUUUUGGAUAGAGUGGUUUUGACUUCAACUGAGGUGCUCCUCAGUUGCUGGCAGGAAAAUCUAGUGACAGAGAGAAAAGAGAAAUCGGUUUUAAUGAAUGCUUUUGAACUUAUUUCAAGAUCACAAAGCUUUAACCUUGACAGCUUCUUUGAGCAGCAAACAGAAAAUGUUGAUAAUGGUUAA